CUUCAUCACCCGCCAUGGCCAUUACGCCGACCCAAUUCGCCAAGAAGACGGCGCAGUCGACCAGCUGGUCGGAUGCGAAGCGUCGAGUCCUUUCUUCGUACCGCGAAUGGAUCCGAGCUGCGCCUGAGAUCCAGACGAUGUACAAUGUCCCUCUCCCCAUUUCUACCCUCCGGACACGGAUGCGACAAGAGUUCGAGCGACACCGAUACACGAACCAGCUGUCCAUAGUUGACGUGCUUCUCUUCAAGUCCCAUGCAGAGUACCAGGAAACAAUGAACUUCUGGAAGCAGCAGACUCACAUCUUGUCUUAUUUCGGCGAAAACUUUAGAGGAGACAAGAGGCUUCCGUCCAGCUUCAUGGCUGGCUUCCUUGAGGGUCGAAAUUAGAAAGACAAUGCAAGAAACUUUGUUUUGUAAAUAUCUCUGUAUAAAGAUUUUGUGUCGAAACCUUCCAUAUAACGCCAUGAAAUCGCAUAAUGUGCAUAUACAAUGACCCUUCUAUGCGUGUGAAUUACCAGUUUUCGGAUAGCAGCCCAGUUUCCACCAUAUUGCCCCUCUUAUUUCCCUUUCCCCCUUCCUAAUCAUCGGUCAAUGCCCUGCUCUGAGUUGAACUGCUGCCUCUUUGUCCAGAACUCCUCGGCCACGACGUCGCACACGUCCUGCAGAUCACUCAAGCCCUUCUUCAGGGCAUUUACGGCUGUGCCGUC